GAGAGAAUAGCUGCAGACUCUGCAUCCUCGGCUGGGGCAGGCUCCUGGCGGCAUGGCAGGGAAGCUGGGGGUCCUCUUGCUGGCCCUCGUGCUCAGCCUGGCGCAGCCAGCCUCGGCCCACCGGAAACUCCUGGUGUUUCUGUUGGAUGGCUUCCGAGCAGACUACAUCAGCGAUGAGGCCCUGGAGUCCUUGCCCGGGUUCAAAGAGAUUGUGAGCAAAGGGGUCAAAGUGGAUUACUUGACCCCGGACUUUCCCACUCUCUCUUAUCCCAAUUACUACAGCCUCAUGACCGGUCGCCACUGUGAGGUCCAUCAGAUGACCGGGAACUACAUGUGGGACCCCGACACCAACAAGUCAUUCGACUUAGGUAUCAACAGAGACAGCCGGUUGCCCCUCUGGUGGAAUGGAUCAGAACCUCUGUGGGUCACUCUGACCAAGGCCCAAAGGAAGGUCUACAUGUACUACUGGCCAGGCUGUGAAGUUGAGAUUCUUGGUGUCAGACCUACUUACUGCCUGGAGUAUAAAUCUGUCCCAACGGAUAUCAAUUUUGUCAACGCAGUCAGCGGCGCUCUUGAUGUCUUCAAGAGCGGCCAGGCGGACCUCGCAGCCAUCUACUAUGAGCGUGUCGAUGUGGAAGGCCACCAUUACGGGCCCUCGUCAGCACAGAGGAAAGAUGCCGUGAAGGCCGUGGACACUGUGAUGGCGUACAUGACCAAGUGGAUCCAGGAACGGGAGCUGCAGGACGACCUUAACGUCAUCAUCUUCUCAGAUCACGGGAUGACUGACAUUUCCUGGAUAGACAAAGUGAUUGAGCUGGAUAACUACAUCAGCCUCCGUGACCUGCAGCAGCUGAAGGGGCGAGGGCCCGUGGUGAGCCUGUGGCCGGCCCCCGGGAAGCAUUCUGAGAUAUAUAACAAAGUGAGGCGAGUGGAGCACAUGACUGUCUACAAGAAGGAAGACAUUCCGAGCAGGUUCUAUUACAAGAAAGGGAAGUUUGUCUCCCCUCUGACCCUAGAGGCCGAUGAAGGAUGGUUCAUAACUGAGAAUCGAGAGUCGCUUCCAUUCUGGAUGAACAGCACUGUCACCCGCAAGCCUGAAGGCUGGCACUGGGGCUGGCACGGAUACGACAACGAGCUCAGAGCCAUGAGGGGCAUCUUCCUGGCCUUCGGACCUGAUUUCAAAUCCGACUUCAGAGCCGCUCCCAUCAGAGUCGUGGAUAUCUACAACCUCAUGUGCAAGAUGGCUUGUCUGAACAGGGCAUCCCGCUGUAGUGACCAGACCCCAGGUGGGUAUUCUAUGGAGUCCUGGCCCCUCUGUUUUGCACAAAGCAGGCUCUUGUCUGGGGUCUGUCUACACCUGGGAGCCAUGCUGUAUGUCUUCUUCCAUGGAGGGGGGAGGUGGGAAACGGAGGCCAUUUGAAAGCGGUAGCUGCUGUCUAUUUCUGACCCAGCUCGUGAUGUUUCUUCACCUUAUACGAAGUCCCAGAAAAGGCAUAUCUUAGUUUGGCUCACUCAUCAGUCAAACUCACUAAGAAUUGCAGAAUGCAGAGAACAAAGUGAAAGAUAUGGGUUCCUUCCCAAAGUCUGAGCGCACAAAAUUUUCUCCCUGCGCGGAGGAGCAGAAGAGUUUACCAUAGAUACAGGCUUCUACGAGCCUUCUCCUAGCAUGUCCGUGGUGUGAACACACAAAUGGCAGGAGCUGGACUGCCUGUCUGCCCAUCUGCCUGUGGGAAGGCUGACUCAGAGGAUCCCAUCUAGAAUGUGAGUGGGUGUGAGGCACUUCAGUCAUGUCUGACUCUGUGCAACCCCAUGGACUGUAGCCCCCAGGCUCCUCUGUCCAUGGGCCCCUGGCAAGAAUACUGGAGUGGGUUGCCUUUCCUACUCUAAGGAAUCUUCCCAACCCAGGGAUCAAACCCUGGUCUCUUAUAUCUUCUGCAUUAGCAGGUGGGUUCUUUACCACCAGUGGCUCCGUAAACUCCAGCAACACCUGCCAUACAUACCAUCUAUCAUCACAGGCAGGGAAAGGGAUGUUUGGCUGAUGAGUGUGGACGUACUUGCAGAAAUCUCACUCCAUCGCUUGAAAUGGUGACGUAUUGAGCAUAAGUUUGAUGCACCCGUGUCCCUGAGAGCAAGGUUUCUUCAACAACCACAGCAAAGUGGACCCUUGAGUGACCCAGAAUUCCAAGAAAAAUGGUGGAGCGCAGGGAACAGAGUCAGUGUGACAUGACUGAAUCCCAGUCACUAACCACUCGGCCAUUUGAUUAGGUAAUAGUUGGGCAAAGCGACACCUUAGAGACCUUGGUUUUUAAGAAACCCCAAAGAAGAGGCACUGAGCCUGAGCUGAAAUGUUUUUAGUCUCCUAAGUCUGCUUUAGGAGACCUUGUUGCAAGACAAGGGAUAUCCGUACUUCUAUAUGCUCAGAGCCAUAAACAUGUAUCACUGCAUUAAAAAUGAGUUUGCACUAAAUGAAGCCCACCUGCAGAUGAGACUUUUCAUCAAGAAAAGCCAACAGAUCAGGUCUCAGCAGGACAAUGAAGCCCCUCAUGUGUUGUUUACCUUGAAAAAUGAAAAUCUAUGCUCACCCUGAUUCAAAAAGUCUGGGAGCCAUCUCUAGACCUUGAAUCAUGAGAGCAAAGGAUCACUGCUUAAAAAUAUCACAUUUAUCUUCACAAAAGAUUUCUAAGGUUUUAUGUAAUGUGUUUUUAAAGCGCUAGCAAACCUUCAAGUCAAUAGGAAAGGCAAAUCAGCCUUUGUUAUCUGUCUGAAAGCCAAUUAGUGCUUUGGGAACAUUGUGGUGGUUACUGAAAGAGCAUCUAUUGUUUGAAGUUUUCUUUCUCUGUGAAGGACUGUGUUCUAAUUAAUUCCGUGGAGCUCAUUGUGCUCCCCUGUAAAGGAAGGAGCCCUAAAAGAAAGCCAGUGAUUCAGUUAAAAGUGGAUUAUCCAAGUCUAGAGGGGUACGAACAGAUACAGGGUCUCGAGUUUGUCCUUCCCACUCUGUUCUACCAAUUUUUCCCCCCGCUCAUUCUUAAAAUCUUCAAGUCGCAUGAUAAAAUUUCAGACAUUUGCCUGACAAGGUGUAGUUACACUGUAAGUGGUUUUGAAGGUCCAGUACUUUGCCCACCUGAUACAAAGAGCUGCCUCUUUAGAAAAGACCCCGAUGCUGGGAAAGAUUGAAGGAAGGAAAAGGGGAUGACAGAGGAUGAGAUGGUUGGAUGGCAUCACCGACUCAACGGACAUGAGUGUGAGCAAGCUCUGGGAGAUGGUGAAGGACUGGGAAGCCUGGCGUGCUGCAGUCCACGGGGUCGAGAAGAGUCGGACACAACUGACCAACUGACCAACUGAACAACAAGAAAAAUCAGAAUAAGACACUUUUGGAAUCAUAAAUAUUGGUGAAUAAUAAAGGAAAUUCAGACACUGAAUGGAGGAAAAACCUUAAACUUAAAGCAAUACAUAUGUUUUGGUGGCUUAACUGUUUACCUAGAAUUUUUUUCUUUUGAUUUUUUUUCUGUUAUGUUCUUUUCCCAAGGAAAAUUCUACUUUCUCUAAACACAUUUUGUUUCAUCAGAGUAACAUUUGCUAGGACUAUACACACAACUUUCCUCCUAUUUUACCACUUCGUCGUUAAUUCCGGGAGGAAGUUCACUGGACUGACCUGCAAAUACCAAAGACAGAUGAAAGGCGUGAUCUUUAAGUUGAAGAUAAGAUGAAUGGCUACUGCCUGCCUAUAUGCAGAAUCACCAGAACCCAACUCAACUACGUGCUGAGGACUUCAGCAUAAAUUAGAGCAGGCCCAGGGAAUUCUUUCUCACCUCCAAGAGGCCUGACUUACAAAGUCCCAACUCUCUUUACUUUUAAAGGGCUCUUCGAAAGCCACAGAAGAUCUGAAUUGUCAUAGACAGCAGUUUGCAAACCUUCUGGGAUUGCCAGCAUCCCUGGCCCUCUUCUGGAGAUGCAGGUUCUGAAGACCUGGCAUGGGGCCUUCGACAACACUUUUAAGUCACGUGGAUCUAAGGUCCGGGUUUGCCCUAAGGAGUGGUGGGUUCUGAUUCGACUUUGGUAGACCCGAGUCUCCCACAGCAACUUCAUAAUCUGCUGGUCUCUUCAGGGGCCAUCAGCCUGGCAUCGGCUACUGAUCCCAGCUGGGUCAGCUUCCCAACCUUCUAAAACCAAAGCAGAUCUGGAAGUCCCGGUGGUGAAAUGGCUUUUCCAUACCCAGUCCCCAUGAGUUUAAGAUCCUCAACGGUGCUAUCAGACAAACUCGUUGUUCAAGACACAGCUCUUUUACGAAUUUUCUAUGAAAGUGUUUUACAUGUCUGUAAAUCUCAAGAGAUUUCCAAAUGUGAUUACGUGUUUAAUCUUUGUAAGCAAUUGGUGAGAGACCAAAAUCAGCUCUUGUAAGCUACUUGUGAGGAGGAAGAAAGAUGGGAGGCUCGACAGCCUAGUUAUAAACCACAGGAAACUUGGUCUCGAGUCUGUGUGAUGGAAGAUAUGCUUAUGUGUUGCUUUGAAAUCAUAAAAUUGCACCUAGCACCAUGCCUCACAUGUUUCAUAAAUGUCCCAUAAAUGCGUUGAAUGAAAAAAGAAUAAAUAAAACUGAGGAGACUUGCUUA